UUUCGCCAUCAAAUCCAAGAUGGCGACAUUUAUUGUCACGCAGCCGGUUUUAAGAGCAUUACAUUUCUAUUUUGUAAUACCGUAAGGUUGCAUUAAAAAAAUGCUCUCGAACUUACUUCGAACUUACAGUGGCAUCGAAACGUUAUUCCGGGCAAGUAGCUUGUCGAUCCUUUCUUCAGUUUACAGUAGUAUACGGAACUUGCAUAUUACACCAGUUCUGUGUGCGGAGCCCCUUAGGAAGAAAAAAAGGAUAGAUCCUCAGAUCUUGAGGAUGCGCGAACAAAGGAAAAUUAGGAAAAUUGAAAAAGGCAUUAGACUGCUGAAAAGACAUGGAAAAAAAUUGAAACCAAUAGAUGAAAUGGAAGUUUCGCCACGACUCCAAAAGGAAUUAGGUCUCCGUAAACGAAAUAGCGAGCCGAUCACAGAUAAUGUCAUAUCUUUUAGGGAGGAUUUGAUGCGAGCAUGGGGUAAUAUUAGAUCUCUACAAUACCGCGAAGAGGCUAAGAUUAUACAAGCAAUGGUUGAGUGUCAAUGUAAAGCAUUAGAGGAACUUCGAUUUGCUAGCCCCACACUAUAUCAGGCGGCUGUCCAGCCUGAUGAGCAGUUGUUGCCAGUAAAGUUCUUAGUCCUCACCGAGACGCCAGCUAUCAAGAAUUACGACGUACCGGAUGGGAAGUACAUCGACGUAUCAAAAAAAUGGAGGCCUUAAGUAUGCUUGGCGCAGACUAAGUUAGAGAACCCAGCAAAUGGCAGUAAAGGCCGCAUCUAAUACAACCAAGAAAUCGUUUAAUUAGCAUAAACGUUACCGUUACAACAAGGGGAUCACGUAGAAUUGAUUUACCUACUUUGACCAAAAUACUUCGACCGCUUUGUUGGCAGCUUUAUACAGUAAUAUUCUUGUUCUUCAUUCGACAGUUCAUGUUUUUAGAAUAAAAAAAUGAAGUAACUUAAAAAUAA